AUGCAGAAAGCAGCUAAAGCCCAGAUACGGAGCGCUGUUGAGUUGGCAAAAGACCCAGAAAACCCAGAUAGAUCGACAGAGGAUCGUAUCAAACAUUUAAGAGAUGUGUCCGAGUUCCUGCGGAGAAACAUCGUUCAGGGCGAGAAGACCGCAGAUGACAAAUAUCAGCUUCAUAUCCACAAGGAUACCGAGUUGGGAGAUAAUGAGGACAUCAAAAAGACGAAAAACACCUUGACUAACGAAGCGGCUGCUUCUGGUGGGUGCUGUGGCGGAGGAGAUGUCACUUUAAAGGAGAAGAGAGCUUGA